AUGAACUAUAAUGCAACUGGUCAGCAACAGGUGAUGGAGGGCUCUAGGACCAUUAGUGUUGAGGAAAUCACACCAGUUUUACAACUCCGGGCAGCCGAUGAAGGUGAAGCACAACAACAGAGGCGAUCAGCAAGGUCACAGAGACCAAGGGUGAGAUGGGAAACAGAUGUGGUCGACAACGAGCAUAUGAACAAAAAGAAGACAAAAAUUUGCUGUAUUUUUCAUCCACAACAAGAAUUCUCUGAUGAAGAGCCGGAAUGUCAUUCAGAUCAUGAUCAUUCUUCAUCAUCGUCAUCAUCAUCUGAAUCGGAAGGUGAAAAGGAUUUGAGUAUCGGCGAGAGGAGACAAAGGCGGGUAGCUAGGCGUAAAAGAAAGCUGAACCAAAACACAAAAACAAGCCCCAAUGCAUACGAGGUACAGCCUGACUACACACAUCAUCAUGAUAAAUGUAACAAACAGCUUCAUAACCAUUGA